AUGCAAACAGUACGCGACUUAUCGACCAAGGCUUCGUCAUAUGUGAAAAGAGUCGAGUCUGCGAUCGCAUUCCUCGAUGCCCUAUACCCUUUAGAUUCUCCAGGCAAGGUUGAACAAGCAUUGCCCUUGCUGGAAUCAGCUAUACGACGUCUUUGGCUUUUUACCACUCUAGACACCGACCUCGAGAGUGCAGUCAUCAGACAGCUUCAAAAAUUCGAUAUUGUUUCGGGAGUAGGAAGAGCCACGGUAGCAUGCGAAGCAACCUUUGAAUUAUAUAUAGCGAACAAGGUGAUGGCUGCUACUGACAAGGCGAAAGGUAGGCAACACCAUGCUUGA